UUUAUAUUUUUCUUUGCUUAAUAUUGAUUAAACUUUUAUUAAUAAUUACUUACCAACUUGCGAUUGAUUCAAUUGUGAUUAUCUUUAGAUUUGCAUUUUGUUUACCUGAUGAAGACUAGUAGUGACUCUUCCUAUUCACAUUUAUUCAUUCCUCAGAAAUUCGUUGAGCCUUUAAUUAAGCUAAAAAUAAAGGGAACGGAUUGUUGUGAUGUUACUCAAAAAAUACCAUUAUUCAUGUGGACGAAAAAUCAUCGAAAUAUCAUUUUGAUAAAUAUGUAAAUUUGAAUGCUAAAUGAUUGAUAUGUAUGUAAACAGUUGCAACAGAUUCAUUUGAAAGUUUGAAGGUGCAAAGACUUAGAUCAUUGUACCAACUACAUUUCAGCAAAAGGUGAUUAAUUUUUUUCAUUAGAUUGAUGGUGUUGGUGUUUCUAUCUAAUUCUGGAGUUGCUUGUGUUUUAAUUACUGAAGAUAAAUCAGUAUGAUAUCGCUAAUCAGGUGGGUCUUUUUCUUUACUUUGGUCACUUUGUUUUGCAUUAAGUAUAUCGAUGGGAAAUAUUUGGUCUCACGAUCUGAAUUGGAUGAAGCUUGUUCAGUUAGUGUCCAUUUAUUGUCCAGUGGUUGGAAGGAGGAUCAAAUUGAACCAAUUUUCUUUCACAAGUUGUUACAAUUUAAUCGACAAUCGAAAAAAGGUAAAAGUCUUCCCCUUGGAUACUUACACUCUGAUAUACGAACUCGUGCUGGACCAAAUUCUCAAUCAGGACCAUUCAAUCUCAAUGUUGGAAAUUUUAUCAACGCAACAAUCAACCUAAUUAAUUGUACAUUGUCUGGAAAACGGACUUGUCUUCCAUUAUCCGACCCAUGUCCAAUCAUAAAUUUUCCCGAUCAAGUUGAUUUUGAUAAUCAAAAGCAAAUUAAUUCGUUAGUUAAACAAAUAAGAUUGAAAAAAGAUUUAGUCCAUAAAUGUGAUCUUAAACUACUUUCCUCACCUCUGCGUAUCUACAACCAAUACUAAAAGAUGAUUCAAUCAAAAGCCAUUGCGACGUAGAUGAUAAAGAUAUCCAAACUUUUACAAUCUCCAAAUUUAAUUGUUAUCUCCAACUAUUAAUUUAUUCUUUAAUUAUUUAAAUAAUAUGAUAUCUUUUACAUAUCAACAUUUGUAGAUUUCAAAUGAAUCAUUGGAAAUGAUCAAUAUGAAUUAUUCAAUAUGUGACUUGUGUUAUAUGUAUAAUAUACAUACAAUGUAUACAAUAAGUUAUGAUCCAACCGAAUUGGGUUCAAUCGUAACCACAGAUUAUCACUAACAAGUUUGUAAGUUGACAAUUUAAAUUAAACUAUGCUCCAAAUCAACAGAGUUUUAAUUGUUUUUUAUUUUUCAACUCUCACUAACUGUAUCAAUGGGGAAUAUUUAAUUGCUGGAUCCGAAUUAGAUGAAGCCUGUUCAAUGAGUGCCCAUUUAAUGUCCAGCGGUUUAGAAGAUGAUCAAGUUGAAAAAAUUGUCGUUCAUAAAUUGUUACAAUUAAAUCGUAAAUCAAAACCCGGUAUAAAGCCAUCUCUUGGAUAUGCAUAUUUAGCUCUUGGUGGAAGUGGUCCAGUUAAUCAAACGGGAACAUUUAAUAUCAACUUUUCAAAUAUAAUUCAAGCAACAAUAUCAUUGAUGAAUUGUUUCCGACAAUAUGAUUGCCUUGAAGUAACUGAAGUUUGUCCAUUGGUCUAUUUUCCCGAUCAGAUAGAUCUAGAUGACCAAGAGCAGCUCGAUUCAUUAAGGGAACAAAUUCUGAUGAAAAAAGAGAUCGCUCAUCGAUGUCCAUUCAGGUCAAACAACCGAUUGAUUGACUCAGUCCAAAAAGACAAUUAAAGUCACUUGCCUAUUGAUUGAUUACAUUCACCUUACUUUUAAUUGUCAUUAUACUUUCUAUUACUUUAAUCAUUGUCCACGAACAUUAAACAAUCAAAUUAUUAAUAAUAAUCUAAUUUCGUUAUCAUAUC